GAGGAGGAAAAGGCGCGUUCAGGUGUUGCAGUCACGACUGUUAAAUUAUUAAAUGAAAUGUUCUGUUUGUGUGGCGCGUGUGGAGGUGAAGUGGGAACGCGCUGAUUCCGGUGAGUCGGUUCUAGUUGAGGUGCGGUUCUGUCUCGGCCUGAAAACGACUUUUGAGAAUUUAAAGUAUUUGGGAGUGACAGGUUUUUACUUGCUGUAUAAACUUAAAGGAAAAACUGGCUCUUGUCUUGUGUUUUAUGUUGGUCCAGAGCCAUGGAUCUAUUAAAAUAACCAGAGCAGGUUUUGAAAAGGGAAAACCACCUUCCGGAUGUUUUAGACUGUGUGUGUGUGAAACAGAGGUUUUAUAAACGCUCGUGUCUCUGUGACUGAACCAGUUUGAUGUGAUGGAGCAGAGGGACUUUCCAGAAAUGAAUGUGGAAUGUGGAAUGUGGAAUGUGCGGCAAAGUCCACGAUGACAUGAGGAAAGAUUGAACCAGGACUAAACCAGAACUGAACCAGGACUGAACCAGAACGGAACCAGGACUGAACCAGGACUAAAGAUGGCAGAGUCCAGGCUGUUUGAGAUGCUGGAGAGACAGGAGACGCUGCUAAAAAAUCGUCCACAGAGACUGUCUCUCAUGUCUGCAAAUCAAAACCCGAGGAUCUCGUCACACAGACCCAGCUCUGAGACAGACUCCAGACCUGAGCCAGCCCCCAGAGGAAUGUCAGUCAAGAGCGACUCCUCCAUGGACAUGCCCAUUUUCUUCAAUAAAGAGCCGCCCUCGACCAAUCAGAGCUCUGAGACAGACUCCAGACCUGAGCCAGCCCCCAGAGGAAUGUCAGUCAAGAGCGACUCCUCCAUGGACAUGCCCAUUUUAUUCAAUAAAGAGCCGCCCUCGACCAAUCAGAGCUCUGAGACAGACUCCAGACCUGAGCCAGCCCCCAGAGGAAUGUCAGUCAAGAGCGACUCCUCCAUGGACAUGCCCAUUUUAUUCAAUAAAGAGCCGCCCUCGACCAAUCAGAGCUCUGAGACAGAAUCCAGACCUGAGCCAGCCCCCAGAGGAAUGUCAGUCAAGAGCGACUCCUCCAUGAAACAAGGCAUUUUAUUCAAAAGAGAAACACUCUCGGCCAAUCAGAGGGACAAACCUCGCACCUCUGUGGCAGCUAGAAAUUCUGCGAUGGAAACCAUUCCAGAAGGAGAUUCUACUUAUAAGAGUUCGGUAGAGACUCGUCCAGAGCUUCAGCCAAAUGGCCCUGACAGUGGAUCUGUUUUUAAGAAACUGGAGGAGCGCAUUUUAAGUUUUGUGCAAGUUGAGCUGAGUAAGUUACAGGAAGUUCUAACGGCAGAGGAACCUUUGGCACUGGAGGAGGACGACGAGGCAGGAAUUAAAGAGGCCUUUCUGAAGAUCGCCCUGAACUUCCUGAAGAGUUUGAAGCAGCACAAAAUGGCCGAGCGUCUGCACAACAGACAAUGUGCUUCCAAAUGUCACCGUGAACUGAAGUGUGAUCUGCAGCGGAGGUUCAGCCGUGUGUUUGAGGGCGUGGCUAAAGCAGGAGACUCCGCCCCCCUGAACCAGAUCUACACAGAGCUCUACAUCACAGAGGGCGGAGCCUCAGAGGUCAACCAGGAACAUGAGGUCAGACUCAUGGAGACGGCGUCCAGGAGACCGUCCACUCUAGAGACCGUCACAUAUGAAAACAUCUUUAAAUCACAAUCACCACAGCCAAUCAGAUUUGUGCUGACGAAGGGCAUGAGCGGCGUGGGGAAAACAGUGCUGACUCAGAAGCUCAGUCUGGACUGGGCUGAAGGCCGGGCCCACCAGGACCUGCAGCUUGUGUUCCCGUUCACUUUCAGAGAGCUCAAUGUGCUCAGAGGCACACGGUUUAGUCUGGUGGGUCUGCUGCAUCACUUCUUCAGUCCAUCCAAAGUUCUCCGCAGCCUCCAACGGCUCCAGGUGCUCUUCAUCUUUGACGGUCUGGACGAGUGCAGACUUCCUCUGAACUUCAGUCAAACCCGGGUCCUGAGCGACCCCACAGAGUCCGCCUCAGUGCACGUGCUGCUGGUGAACCUCAUCAGGGGGAACCUGCUUCCCUCUGCUCGCGUCUGGAUAACCACACGACCCGCCGCGGCCAAUCAGAUCCCUGCUGAGUGCGUCUCCAUGGUGACAGAGGUGCGCGGGUUCACCGACCUGCAGAAGGAGCAGUACUUCAGGAAGAGGUUCAGAGACGAAGCCGACACAAUCAUCUCCCACAUCAAGAGCAUCCGCAGCCUUUACAUCAUGUGCCACAUGCCGAUCUUCUGCUGGAUCCUCUCCACAGUUCUACAGAAGCUUCUGGAACAAACAGAGAGAUCAGAGCUGCCCUGGACUCUCACACAGAUGUACGUCCACUUCCUGGUGGUGCAGGCCAAAGUCCAGAACAUCAAGUAUCAACAGGGAUCAGGGGUGGACCUUCACUGGACUCCAGAGACCAGGGAGAUGGUUCGGUCUCUUGGAAAAGUGGCCUUUGAGCAGCUGCAGAAAGGAAACCUGAUCUUCUACGAGAGUGACCUGAGCGAGUGUGGGCUGGACGCUGCAGCGGCCUCAGUGUACUCCGGAGUGUUCACACAGGUCUUUAGAGAGGAGCCAGGUCUGUACCAUGACAAGGUCUACAGCUUCAUCCAUCUGAGUGUGCAGGAGUUUCUGGCUGCUCUUCACGUGCAUCAGACCUUCUUCAGCUCUGGAGUGAACCUGCUACAGAAGAGACGGCUUUCUCUGUAUCUAGGCAUAGGAAGAACAAAUACUGAAGCAGCCUUCUACCGCUCUGCUGUGGACCAGGCCUUACAGAGUCCAGAUGGACACCUGGACCUGUUCCUGCGCUUCCUCCUGGGGCUGUCUCUGGAGGAGAACCAGAAGCUGCUGCGAGGUCUGACGACUCACAAAACAAGUUCACAAAACAACCAGAUGACUAUUGACUACAUCAACCAGAAGCUGGAUGAAGGCUUUUCUCCAGACAGGAGCCUAAACCUGCUCUACUGUCUGAAUGAACUCAACGACCACAGUCUAGUGCAGCAGAUACAGGAGGCCAUGAGAACAGGACUUCUCUGUAGUAAAAGUAUGUCCCCUGCUGAUUGGUCGGCCCUGUCCUUCCUCCUACUGUCUUCAGACUCAGAUCUGGAAGUGUUUGACUUGAGGAAAUAUUGUGCCUCAGAGGACGCUCUCCUGGGUCUGCUGCCGGUGGUCAGAGCCUCCACCAAAGCCCUUCUUUGUGGCUGUGGCCUGUCGCCUCGCAGCUGUGGUCCUCUGGCCUCAGUCCUCAGCUCCUCCAGCCUCACACAUCUGGAUCUCAGUGACAACGACCUCCAGGACUCAGGAGUGAAGCUGCUGUGUUCCAGACUGGAGCGUGCCCCCUGCAGACUGGAGACUCUCAGUUUGUCUGGAUGCCUGAUCACAGAGGAGGGCUGUGCACAUCUGGCCUCGGUUCUGAACUCAAACCCCUCAAUUUUGAGAGAGAUGGAUUUGAGGUACAACCAUCCAGGAGAGAGAGGGGCACAGCUCCUGCAGGCUCUGACCGAGGAGCCCCGCUGCAGCCUACGCACAGUCAGACUGGACCCCCGUGGACCACAGUGGUUAAAACCAGGUGUGAAGAAGUACUUCGUUGGUCUCACGUGGGACUUGAACUCUGUCCACCCCAGACUGAGGUUCUCUGAUAAGAAAACCGCAGUGAUGUGUGUGUGUGACGAUGAGCCUUACCCAGAUCAUCCCGACAGGUUCGACUGGUUCUAUCAGCUGCUGUGUGCAGAGGAGCUGUGCAGGCGCAGCUACUUCCUGGUGCAGUGGAGCGGACGUGUUCAUGUGGCUGUGACGUACAGAGGACUGCAGAGGAAAGGGAAGGGACCUUCCUCCGUUUUAGGAGGAAAUGACCAGUCCUGGAGCCUCUUCUGCUCUGAUGAAGGCUUCUCUGUUUGGCACAAUAAUCAGGAGACAGUCCUGCAGAAGAAACCCGACUGUCGGACUGUGGGGGUGUACGUGGACUCAGAGGCCGGGGUCCUGUCCUUCUACUGUGUGUCCGACACUCUGACCCUGCUCCACAGCUUCAGCACUGACUUCACUCAGCCGCUGGUCCCUGCCUUUGGUUUCAUGUUCAACUCUCAGGGCUCAUCAGUGAUUCUGUGUCCACAACCAGACAACAACCACUAUAUAACUUGGGACUAAAGAACUAAAGGACAAAUACAUGAGUACUUGAUGUCUGAGGGUGUAACGCUAAACAUUUUUAGCAGAGUUCUUUAUUUAUGAGACUUUGCAACAUUGUCAGUAUUGUCACCUCCUUAAAUGUCCUGCGAUGUGUAAAAUAGUUUAAUUCACUUGUUCUAUUAACAGUUGUAAUACAUGUAAAUGAUUAAUAAUAAAACUGCAGUGGAAACUUAAUACAAACCAGAA